UUUACUAAAGUGAUUAUCAAACUUAAACUGGUUCCUACACGCACUUGUUUCAAUGAGCGAUACACUAAAGGGAGGAUCAAAAUGAAUACCAGAUAACAAGGGAGAAAACCGAAUUAUGGCACAGCUUCUGAGACAAUUUGGAAGACAGAGCUGUCUUUUCCGACACCAUGGUGCUCUUUUACAGAAAAGUAUUCAGCCAAUGGCUUCCGCCACAGCUUAUGAAGAAAUGAGUGACUUCUGGGCAAAAAACAGAAAACUGAACAGACCACUUUCUCCACAUUUAUCUAUUUACAAACCCCAGUUAACAUCAAUGCUGUCUUUAUGCCAUAGGGUAACAGGCAUUAUUAUGGGUGUCACUGUACCUGCUGUGGCAGCAGUCCUAUUGGUAUCACCAGGUGAUUUUACAACUUACAUAACUAUGAUCAGAGAUUUAAAUUUGUCACCUGCGUUAAUUGCAGCUGCUAAAUAUAUCCUAGGAUUUCCUGUUAUAUACCAUUAUAUUAAUGGUAUUAGACAUUUGGCUUGGGACUGGGCUGUGGGAUUUAGCUUGAAGGAUACCUACAGAACUGGAUAUUUUGUGUUUGCACUAUCCCUGUUUCUCACAGCUGUUUGUGUUCAUAUGAUCUAGACAAAGACUUGUUACACUUAAUCCAACUAAACUUAAAGCUUUUUUUUUAUAAAUCUCUUGCAUUUUAAUAUUUUCUUGCCUAAGUAACCAUAGUAACAGCUUGCAGAAUAAAUUUUUAGAUACUAUACAUACCAAACUGGAAAUAUUUACCUUAUGGAAGAUUAAAGAUCUUGUGUAUAAAUAUAAAAAGAUGUUUUGUUAUCAAAAAGAAAUUCAGUGUUGAAAAAGUCUAUGCACAAAAAGUCAGAUUGCUAUAGUGCAUGCAGUCCACAUUGUGAAUUACUUCUGAAUCAUGAUUGGGACAAAUUCAAAGUCAAAUUUGAUUACCGGUAUUAAUGUAUUUGUAACGUGUUAUAAAUGUAUUUUUGUUAUUAAGAGGUUAAAUGACUUUGUGGAGUAAUAUUUGAUGUCCUUUUUGUGAUACAUUGUAAGCAUUAAUAGUGCUUUAUAUAAUAUAGAUUAUUAUCUUG